AUGUUGAAUUGUCCGAUUUGUUUGGAAGCUGAUGAUGGAAUAGUUGCAUUUGCAGCAUUGAAAUGUGGUCAUGUAUUCCAUCGAGAUUGUAUCUCUUCAUGGUUAACGAUUGGUAAAGAUACUAAGAUCUGUCCGGUGUGCAGAAAAUCUGCUGAUAACUUCCUAAAUUUGUAUUUCUUUAGCAUUCCCACAAUUUGUUUUUCUAGAAAUAAGAAGAAAUUUCCGACUCGCCAACAAUCUACACGCCAAUACGAACUUCGAUCUGGCUCUCGAUCUCAUAUUUCAUCUCGAUCUCAAAUUUCAAAUACAAACAGUCCUUAUUGGUUACGAACUGAACGAUCAUGA